ACCGUAAAGCGCCAGGGAGCGGACCCACGUGGGUGCGGGAAGAACAACAUCGCCAUGGGGAGAAGGAAGCGCCCCAUGCACCAGCUGGUCGGCAGCUUGAGCAAGAAGCAGAAAAAGCAUCUCAAGGAGUUUGGGGAGCAGCAUCCGUUCUACGACAAGGUUUCUGGAAGAGAAGAAACAACUGAAAUUUGUGAGCUGUCUGAGAAUUCCGAUCACUCAAGUGCAGAAAGCGAUGGAGAGAGUGAAGCAGAACAGGUCUCCGUGUAUCACAAGCUACUGGCCACAUUCAAGACUGUUCCAGAUGCCGACAGUGAAGAAGAUGACGAAAAUGAAUCUGAAGAAGGUGAUGAAAGUGAUGAGGAAGAAACAGGCAGUGAAGAGUCUCAGGAGGGUGGAGAUGGAGAUCAUACAGUCGGUGAAGAAGAUGAGAAUGAUGUGCAGGACCAGGAAGAAGCUAAAGACACAGCAAAGCAGAUGCUUGGCCAGGAGCAACCCGAUGGAGCAGAUACCUCUAGUGACCCAAAACAUGGAGCAAGUGAAGAGUUCACCGAUGUGAAACAUGAAUCUGAAUUUAGCCUGGAAACCAAUUUCGUGGACGAGGAGAAUGGUGAUUACAAUGCAGAUGAGAGGGAGAGUAGCUCUUCUGUCAUGGUUUCAGAAGAUCCAUUUAAGCAACAUAUGAACAAAGAACUGGAAGAAAAAGAAAUAGAAAACAUUUCAGCACGUUCUAAAAGUACAAUUCAUAUGAAGUGGCCAACAUUGGGCCAGUUAGUUUUUUCUUCUUCGUUACAGCAGCCGAGAACUUUUAAGCCAGAUAAAGAAGCUGAUUUGAAACAGCUUCAUCUUCACAAGACUUUAGAAUCCACCUGGCCAAAAGUGAACAGCCAGUUCUUAUCCACACUGACUAAACAGAACAAAGACCCGUUUACCCUGUUACAAAAGGAACUCUUUUGUAUUAUGAAUCGAUACACGGACUUGUUCUACCCGGAAAGAACUGCUUUAGGGAAUGGGGAAGAAGUUCGUCAUGCUUACUGUCUGCAUGCACUGAAUCACGUCCUGAAGGCGAAUGCCCAGGUUCUCAGCAAUAAUGCCAAACGAAGAGAUCAGAAGGCAAUAGUUGAUAAUGAUGAUUUCAGGGACCAAGGACUCACUAGACCUAAGGUGCUGAUAGUAGUGCCCUUCCGUGAAUCUGCCUUACGGGUGGUGCAGAUUUUCAUCAGCCUCCUUGAGUCAGGGAGGAAAAAACAAAUAGAUGUAAGUAACAAAAAGCGCUUCAAAGGGGAGUAUGGUUUUGAUCCAGAUGAGAGACCUCCCAACCUGAAAAGACCUGAAGAUUAUGAAGCUGUGUUUGCAGGCAACAUCGAUGACCAUUUCAGGAUAGGGGUUGCUAUUCUUCAAAGGAGUAUGCGAUUAUAUGCACCAUUUUACUCUUCUGAUAUCAUCAUUGCCUCUCCCCUUGGUUUGAGGACCAUUAUUGGGGCACAGGGGGAGAAGAAGAGAGAUUUUGAUUUCCUCUCAUCGAUAGAAAUUCUUAUAAUUGACGAAGCAGAUGUUUACCUGAUGCAGAAUUGGGAGCAUACUCUGCACCUGAUGAACCAUCUCAACCUCCUUCCUUCGGAGUCCCAUGGUGUAGAUUUUUCACGAGUGCGCAUGCAGAAUUUGAAUAACUUGUCAAAGUAUUAUCGUCAAACACUACUGUUUAGUGCUCUUCAAGAUCCCCAGAUUAACUCUAUCUUCAAUAAGAACUGCUUCAAUUACAGAGGGCAGGUAGCCGUAAGGAACGUACCCUUGAUUGGCUCCAUUAGCCGUGUUGUGGUACAACUUCCUCACGUCUUUCGAAGGCUGGAAGCUGAAAGUUCUAUUUCUGUAAUAGAUGCAAGGUUUCAGUUCUUCAUUGACAAAGUUUUGCCUGAGUAUCGUGAUGCAAUCAUGUCACAUACACUCAUUUACAUUCCAUCGUAUUUCGACUAUGUGCGUCUUCGAAAUUACUUCAAGAAGGAAGAGCUGAAUUUUACACACAUCUGUGAAUACACCAAAAUACCUGAUAUCGUUAGAGCAAGACAUUUCUUCCUCAAAGGAGAGAAGCAGUUCUUAGUUUUCACUGAACGCUUCCACUUUUACAAAAGAUACCUAAUAAAGGGCAUCAGAAACCUCAUUUUCUAUGAGUUACCGACCUACCCCCAUUUCUACAGCGAGGUUUGUAAUAUGCUGAUGGCCAGAGCCAGUGGAGAGGAAGCUACUUGGACUUGUACCAUUCUCUAUUCAAAGUAUGAUGCUCAGAAGUUGGCUGCUGUGGUCGGUGUAGAUCGUGCUGCUCAAAUGCUGCAGUCUGAAAAAAACGUGCACCUUUUUGUUACUGGAGAAAAUGAAUGAACAAAGUCAUGGACCGAGACUCUCCUGUUGUAUGGACUUGGAUCUUUUUGUCUAACAUGCAUGUUGAUGCUGUUUUUUAAAUAAGUGUUUGGGGGAGGAAAAGAUGUAUCAAAAAUAUUUUCUUGGAAUUUGUUUUAAAGGGUUAAUUUGUAUAUUUGAAUACUUCCACUUAAGCCAAUGAGGGAAGUAAAAGAUGCCAUUUAAGCAAAGCACAUGUGCUGCUUCUUUUGUGUAAGUGAACAAGCUUAAAAAAAAAUUAGACUUUCCUGGUUACCUUACACCCCCUCCCCCAUGCACUAUCUGCAUCCUGGAAAAUAUUUAGUAAAUAGUUGUGGGGUGAAAAAUGCUUUGUCAUUAGACAAUGACACUCCCUCUCCCCCGUUCUCUGUCAUCAGAAGUUCCCUAUGUUUCUUCAUCAAAUGCAACUUUCUGCUGGCUCAUUCGGGGGAGAUUCUUCCAGAUGUUGAGAGUGUGUUCAUGCAAGACAUUCUGCACUACUUAUACCCAUGUUGCCCUUCAGGUGAGGGGAGGACAUAGGCAGAGCCAUUAAACCGGGGGGCCUGUGUAACUCCAGCAUGUCAUUGAGCAAGUAGCUGAAAACACCGUGACUUGGCCUUUUGAGAACAAUUUGGGGUAGGAGUUAAUGGAUCUGCACUCAUACCAAUUAAAUGGCCCAAAGUUCAGCACAUUCCAUCCUUACAAUGCUAAUUUCAGCCUGUUUUAAGUUUUAUUAAGCUAUACUUUCAAAGUGAAAUGCACACCGUUGUGCUUUUCUGCACACUUACCUUAUGUGUGCAGCUCUCCAGUGUGCACGCCUAGUUACAGGAUCAACAAAGCAGAGGCAUAGACUGCUGAAAACAAAUCCAAACUCUUCAUAGACAGUUUGCAAAAUUACUUUGGGUAUGUCUACACUGCAAAGAAAUACCUGCAGGGCUGUUUCAUUGCUGGGUGGACUUUGGUCUUAGGCUGAAACUUGAGCUCUGUGACCCUUCCAGCCUGAGCCUGGAAGUCUACCCAGAAAUGAAACGGCCCUGCAGCGUAAGCCCAUGAAGCAGAGUCAGCUGACACGGGCCAGCUACUGGUUUUUCAUUGCUCUGUAGACAUGUCCUUUAUGAGUUUCUGAAUACCUUGAAGUCCAUGCUCUUACUCCAAAGCCCUCUUUGUCCAUGGAGAGCUAAGUAGUCAUACAGUGCAGCCUCUCCUUGUUUACAGGAAUUGUCAUUAAAAUAAGCCAAAAACAUAUCAAAUACUUUCCUAAUGUUACUUUUCCAUAUAAGCAAUUGUAGUUGCCAGAGGGAUAUUAUCUGAUUGUGGAUGGAAGGGCUGGUGGUCUGUGAGAUCCAAAGUGGGAAGGGAAAUGCCCUCAAGCCAUCUGAGGUGUGGUACAUGCUGUAAUAAAGUUUAAGGAAUU